AUGAAGUUCUGCAGCAGAAAUUGUCUUGGAAGAAGCUUUGCUACCACACUGGCUGUGGCUUCGUUACCAUCACAAUAUGCUAGUGCCUUUGUGCCCAACCAUUUGAUGGCCACCAGUCUCUCACUGGUUUCCGCCACUAAUAGUAAUUCUAUUGGAUAUAGAGGCGGCUCCAGUCAAGUUCGCAACAUGAGCAAAAUGGAUCAAACUUUUGAGACAUGGUCGUUUGAUGAGCCAUGCAAAACCAUGAGUUGGACCGAGAUUUCCGAGGCUUCACUUUCUGUUGCAGGCCUAUCAGACAACUGGGAUGAUUCCGAUUUGGUGCUCAUCGGAGUGUUUGCUCCAAAGAAGGAAGAAAGCGACGAGGAUGAGGAUGACAAGAAGGAAGAAGAGCCUACGGUCGAGAUUAGUGGAGAGGCCAAGGCAUACGAUGAAAAGAUGGGUGGAGCUCUUUCCAAUUUGAUGAUUGAGAACUUCAAGGCUUUCAAGAAUGGGGCUUCGGCAGGAUCUGUCACCCCUACCUUGCGUGUCUUCGCGGACGGCAAGUCGCAACGCAUUGCUCUUGUUGGACUUGGAACUCUUGAUGAAGAAAAGGACGACUUCUUGGAAGGAGUUGGCUCUGCUGUCGGAAAGGCCUUGGCUACCACUUGCAAUUCGGAAAAGAAGGCCAAGACGGCCAAGAUUUUGUUGCCAGAGGCUGUUGGUUCCAGUGCCGAUAUCCUCAAGGACAUGUCGACAUCCUUCUACUCGACCUUGUACGCCGACAAUCGAUUCCGCAGCGAAAAGUCAAAGGAAACACCAGCUGAAGACUUGGAAUCUGUAACAAUUGUCGUUGAAGGAUCCUCUGCGGAUGGAGCCGAUGCUGCCUUGGAGUCUGGAAAGAAACUCGCCAAGGGUGUUCAUAUGACCAAGGACAUUGUCAAUGCCCCACACAAUGUCUUGAAUUCAUUGAGUCUUGCCGAAACCGCCAAGCGCAUUGCCGAAGAGAGUGAUGGUACCAUCAAAUGUGAAAUCUUGGGCGUCAAGGAAUGCGAAGAAUUUGGCAUGGGUGCCUUUUUGGGCGUCGCCCGUGCUUCCGAAACGCCACCUCAAUUUAUUCACUUGACGUACACUCCUCCAGAUGGUGUGGUGAAGAAGAAGGUUGGAGUUGUCGGAAAGGGUUUGCUCUUUGACACUGGUGGUUACAACAUCAAAACAGCCAUGAUGGAACUGAUGAAGUUUGACUGUGGUGGUGCUGCCGCUGUUCUUGGUGCUGCUCGUGCCAUUGGGCAAUUGAAACCUGAAGGCGUCGAAGUACACAUUUGCGUUGCUGCUUGCGAAAACAUGAUCAAUGGCAAGGGUGUGGUUCCAAGUGACAUUUUGACUGCCUCCAAUGGAAAGACUAUUGAGGUGCUCAACACCGACGCCGAGGGACGAUUGACAUUGGCCGAUGCCAUUGUGUACUGCGACAAGGAGAUGGGAUGCUCUUCCAUUAUUGAGCUUUCUACCUUGACUGGAGCUUGUAUGGUUGCCUUGGGAUCUGGAAUGAGUGGUGUCUUUACCGAGAAUGAUGACUUGGCAAAGGAACUAGAAGAUUGUGCCAAGGUCACGGAAGAAAAGGCCUGGAGAAUGCCCAUGGAAAAGAGUUACAACGAGCAACUCAAGAGUAAGAUUGCUGACUUGAAGAACAUUGGAGGAAGAUAUGGAGGAGCCAUCACGGCUGGUCUAUUUUUGCAAAACUUUGUCGACAAGAAGAAGCCAUUUGCACACAUUGACAUUGCAGGGCCUGUUUGGGACUUCAAUAAUGGAGUCGCAACUGGAUAUGGGGCCAAGCUGGUGACUGAGUGGAUAACCCGUCAAGGAAAGUAA